AUGGCAUCCGGACUGGCAUACCGCCUUGAUCGGCCCAGUCGGAAUUUUCUCGACAUUCACUCCGCGCCACGAAAGCGUUUUAGGAGCGCCGUGAAGCUUUACCGAGCCCGAUGUCAAAAGCCGCAACGACGGCACUGCCCGCCGCCGCCGCCGCCGCCGCUGCAGCAACAUCCACAGCCUAUGUGGAACUCAUUACCGCUGGAGAUUGUUGGCAUGAUCUUCCUGAACCUCGACAUGAUCGCCCUUGGCACCUUACGGCUAUUCUCGAUUCAACAGCUGUAUCACGAAUUCUGCCACCCGCGGUGCCGGACAUGCGCCAACUUCGGCCCCUACCUCUACCUUCCGACCCUCUCCCGGGUGUGUUUUCCGUGCGUCCUGUGGCACCGUCGAUACCGCGUCGCCUCCCUGGAGAACGUCCUCCAGUUCUACCGGCUGCCCCUCGAGGACUGGUGCCAUCUCCCGGUCAUCGACACCGCGUUUGACCUGCUGGGCAAGUAUCCGAUGUCGGAGCGGAUGCUCAUCGACAUCACGCAGGCCGAAGCCCUGCACAAGCAGCGCGGCAGCCCCCCACCGACGCGCGGGGCCUCCACGUACCAGAGCUAUUAUCACUCGACCUUCAACUCCCGGCUGGCGUCCACGGUGGCAUUCCCCUACUGGGACCCGCACACCCGCGCGGCCGAGUCCGGGACCUACUGCCUGGGUUGUACCGAGUUCUGGGAGCGAUCUCGCCCGAAACGCCGCCGGGACCCUCAAACCUGGGAGCAGUACUAUGCAUGGGGCCCCGGGGCCAGAUCGCGGGGCCACGAAGCGGUCGAGCGCGCAUAUCGGGUCUCCGAUCUGCGGCAACACUUUCGGACGUGUCCGCAUGCUGUCCGGCGGCGGCGGUUUGGACACGAAGGGGAAGAGGUGGUGGAGAUGGCGCGGAGGUUUGACGCCCCGAUUGGGCGGGUCUUCCGGGUUCCGACUCCUCGCCGUCGUCGUCGUGGUGAGGGUCGAGUAGCAGUGUUGAGACGGUCCGCACGGCUUCAGAAGAGGUUGACGGCCCUGCAGACUUAG